GAUGCUCCCUUUUAUCUAACCUAAUUCCACCUUCCAAGCUUUCGACCUAUAGCUUCUUACUCAACGAAAAAUGUCGCGGUGAUAGCUCCAGUCAAAAUUUUCAGUUUUGGAUGUGUUGUUAUUGCAAGGUUAUAUUUCAUACAAUGCCUAGAGUUUUUUAUACAUUUUUUACACUGUACACCGCAAAUGCUAGUAAAUUUUGGUGAAUACAAGCCAUUAUAAAAUAUGUACCAAGGUAGAAUAACCAAAAGGUAUGUCCGCAAAAGGCUUUUUGGUAAAAGUAGAACUAGAAAUAUACAGAGUAACGUGUCCAGGAGUAUGGCUGUGCACAAACGGAAAGAUAUCCUUACAAUUGAAGAUGCUGGAUUCCAAAUCCAAACGCAGCUUUGCAGACCGAUGUUUCCUUUACCGUGCAACGAAAAAUACAUUUUUACGAAACCUUCUACAAAGACAGGAAGUUGAUUGACCUCCAGAGAUCGUUGAGCCACGAAACUUUCUAUGCAGAGUUGGUCCAUUGGAAGACAUGCGAUGAGGGUUACGUUCUAGCUAGAUUCUACUCUGCUUUAGAUGAUAUUUUGUAUCCUCCCGGUUUCAAAGGGAACGUUAAAGGAAAGGAGACUGAUCUGUUGAUGGAACCUACUAGUUUAUUUCCAGGAGCGAUUGCACCAAAACUAGAAAUAAGUACAAAAACUACAAUAGAAGAAAUAUUUAAAUCAAUGCCCAAAAUCAACUACUGCGAACAAGUCCCCAAAAAACCACACAGCCCGAGAAAACUUCCUCGAAGAGUCUGCCAUUCAGUAGCUUACAGCAGAGGACAAAAACCAUUCACUGAAGAAAAACACAAAAAACCUCCAUUCGUCUACAGAAGAGUCUCACACGACUUCUUAUUACGUAAAAACAACGCGCCAGACUUAGAACCUACUAAGAAAAAUGGUGUGAAACAAUCAUGUCACUGUUACUGCACGUCAAAAAAUGAACCUUUAUUCACAAGAGUAUCAUCAUCCAAAUUUAACGAUCACACUGACGACUGCUCUAUAUGCACCUCAUACGACGAGUAUUUCCUGCCAGAAAGACACAAAUGCAAAUCGGAAAAUAUGCAAGACUAUCCGAAGCUCUGUCCGUGCUGCAAAGCAGCUAACGGCAAAGGGCAAAGUCUAUGUGAUUGUGCACCGUCCCAAGGUAUCGACGCUGCUGCUGAUAGCUACAGAAGCUGCACUAGCAGUUUAGUGCAGAAGCUGCACAGUAAGUUGAACAAGGUUUUGGAUACGGAGUGUAUCGAGUGUAAGGAUCUUUUCUGUGAAAGUAGAUAAAUAAAAUAUACUGUAGGACGAG